GGUAUAAUACUCGAUAGGGCUAUAAUUAAUAUUAUAUCUAAGGAAUUUACGUCUAGAUUGCAAUAUAUAGCAGUUUCUAGAGUAAGGACUAUUAACAAUCUUAUAUUUAAGAAGCCGUUCGAUUUCUCGCUCUUUACUAAUUGCCUUAGACCUACUAGAAUUGCUUAUAUUACUAAUAUCGAACGCCGCUAA